GGUCUCCUUGCAUUCUCUGUGGCGACGAGCACUUCGAUGUCCCUCAUAGAGUCGAGGAGGCAUCGGAAAAAGUGUGUCAUCAGCAUGCCGGGCAAAGGCAAGUCAAAGGCGAAUGCUGUAAUCAGCCUUGAGUCAGACUCGGAUGAUGAAGGGUUGCCCAACGCCGACUUCGAAACCGGGCUCUCCGAUCAGGAGGUGGCAACGCUGCGUGAGCUCGAUAACGAGAUCAACUCGAUCGAACAGCAACUCAAAGACCUUCAAAGCGUGCGAAAAGAGCUUAUCAAAGAACGCGAUGCCUUACGGAAUGCCGGUCAGAAGGUCUUCCUUGCGAGCAGAAAGGCCGGGAAGCCGCUCCCUGGCACCGUCAAUUAUUUUGAGAGCAAGUCCCCGCAGGAGGCCAAGAUGUUGCGAUUGGCCAAGAAGCACUGGCCCGGCUUUACUGGCUUCCGUUCCUGCCAAAAGGGAGUUUGUCACGCAGCUUUGGAUAACAGGAGCCUCUUCUGCAUCAUGGCCACCGGCGGCGGCAAAAGCUUGUGCUACCAACUGCCCGCUCUCUGCACGGACGGGGUGACAUUGGUUGUAUCCCCGCUCAUAAGCUUGAUGCAAGACCAAGUAAUGCAUCUCCGGGAGGCUGGAAUUCCUGCAGAGCUCAUGUCCUCAGCAACACUCAAGGAAGAGAUCAACACGAUUCACCGUCGAAUCAAGAAUUUGGGCAACACAUCCGACCGUCUUAAGUUGCUCUACGUGACGCCUGAACGCAUUGUCAAAGCCAAGACCCUCUUAUCCUGUUUGCAGACAGCAGAUGAGAAUGGACAACUGGCCCGCAUCGUUCUAGACGAAGCGCAUUGCUGUAGCUCUCAAGGACACGACUUUCGGCCAGAUUACAAAAAGCUCUCCCUUCUCACAAAGCUGUUCCCGCAUGUUCCUUUCUCACUUAUGACUGCAACCGCAUCACCAGACGUGAUUGAGGACGUGCUCAAAAUUUUGGAGCUACCGAGCACCACGCAAGCCGAAUGCGCCCUUCCACGCAAGACGGUCCUGUUUACCAGCCCCCUGCUACGGGACAAUCUCACUUACCGCGUCGUCUUUCGUGAGUCAAGCGCUGUUGGCAGCGCGGCACAAAUUGCUUCGUACAUCAUCGAAGGGCAUCUCAACGAAACAGGCAUCGUUUAUUGUCUCAGUCAGAACGACUCUGAGAACAUGGCACAGGCGCUGAUCGAUGCAAGCGAUGGCAAGAUCAAGGCACGUCCCUACCAUGCCAAUUUGGAAGAUGCGUGGAAGGAAGAGACGCACAGAUUGUGGAACGCAGGUCGAAUCCAGGUGAUCUGUGCGACCAUUGCGUUUGGCAUGGGCAUCGACAAGCCGGACGUACGCUUCGUUGUUCAUGCAACGCUCCCAAAGUCCAUUGAAGGCCUGUAUCAGGAAAGCGGCAGAGCUGGUCGGGACGGGAAGCCAUCCGAUUGCGUUCUAUUCUACCGCCCGCAAGAUGCUACCCGACUUGCGGCUCUUGUCGCGGAAGAUCAUUACGGCAGCGAUCACCUCCACUCAAUGCUCGCGUACUGCCAGAGCACAACAUGCCGCAAACAGCUCUUCUCGCGCUACUUCGCAGACGAACAUAGUCGCAACAUGCCUCCUUGCAAGAAAUGCGACAAUUGCAUGGGUGAAGCGGGCAUCGAGUCAGUCGAUGUCACUUAUGAGUCCUGGCAGAUUGUCAAAGCUCUUCACGAGAUCGAAUCGCACAGAGGCCGUGUAACUCUGGCAGCUCUUUGCGACCUGGUCAGAGGCCUAGGAGGUGGGAAGUACAACGUCAAGAGCGAAAGCGGAAAGUCAAAGGGCGCAGCGGCACGCACAAAAGCUGGAAAACUGGACAUGAAUGCGUAUGGGGGAACAGUAAAAUUGAACAAGGAUAACUGCGAGCGAGUGAUCGUGGAGCUUCUCAUUCAAGGCUACAUUUUAGAGGACUAUAGUCAAAGCGCCUAUACGAUCAACGUCUACUUGCGCAACGCCGCGAAGGCUAGUCGCUUGACGCGACUGAAACAAGCGGAAGCUGCAGAAUCCAAGGGCCUUGUCACUGCUUCGCUCUUUACAACUACCAAGGAAGAUGCGAAGGGGAAGAAAUCACGGCCUAGCAAGAGAAAGAGCGACGCUACGGAGUUGAGUGCCGAGGCGUCCACCUCAGAACCUGGUCCCGCUGAUGUUGCGGCCCUGAAACACAAUUGCAGGAGUGAGGCCAUCGGAAACGAAUCACUAAUUCCGAAGCCUCGCAAGAUGCUCAAGAUGAUUCGGACCCCCGAGGUGAUUAGCAUCGAAGAAGACGAAGCGAAUAGCGACAGCGAUGCGCGAACUCUUAAGAGCACUGUCCGACGGAUCCACGAUGAAGAUGAUGAGGAGCCCGAUGAGGAUGAAGAUGAGGACGAGAUGGAGCAGCUGAGGUACUCGGAAGCUCAACUGUCGUCCAGUCCAGGGCUUUGGGAGGUGUUGACCAAAUAGAUCUUUUGCGCGGUGAAGCCCAUCCGCAUUGCCUUUUAACCGAUGUAGCAUAGUGCCAGACAUGUCGACAUGCCCGUUUU